GGCACCGCUGGGCAGCCCCGCCACCGAGGCACGCUCGGGCCUUCUGUAAGGGCGGAGCCGUGGAGCGAGGCCGGAGCCCGCUGGGACCUUUUCCUGUAGAUGGGAACGGGGGAAGGAGCCCAGACGUGGCAACACAUUCUAAGGCUCCUGCAGGACCACCAUGGCUUAUGAUGACUCCAAGAAAAAAGAAGAGUUCCUAGAGGGUGGCCGAAGUGUUGAUGACGUGGGGCUGGCAACUGUCAGGAUACAACGAGAGAAAAAACGCUCUUACAAGGAUCUGCUGCAAGAGGAAGAGGAGGUAGCAACACAGGACUGUGAGCUUUUUGCGGGGACAGAACCUCACAAAAAGAAGAGAAAGCACUCCUCCGAUGAGUUCUGCUACAGAGGUGUUUCGCCUUUGGAUCUACCAUCAAAGAAGAAGAAAAAAGCAGUUUCUAGCCCAUCCUCAGCUGAUACAACCAUGGAUUUACUCAAGGCUGUUACUUCACCCUUGGCCACAGCCUCAAAGUCUUCCAAGAAGACCUCUGAAAAAUCACCUUAUUCGUCCUCUAGCCAUUCCGAAAGCAAAAAGGAGCACCACAAGAAGAAGCUGAGUAGUAGCAGUGGGGAGCACUCAGCGGAUGAUGGGAGCUUUCACAAAUCUAAAAAAAUGAAACCUCUCUACGUAAACACAGAGACACUUACACUUCGUGAACCUGAUGGUUUGAAGAUGAAGCUCAUCCUUUCACCAAAAGAGAAAAGCAGCGCAGCAGAUGAUGAUGCUUUCUCCUACUCUUCAUCAGGUGCAAAGAAAUCUUCAAAGAAACCAUCUCGGGAUGAACAAGGCUCAUUCCUGCUGGGCCAUGACCUGCAGAGCUUCCUGAAGUCAUCCCGAAAGAAGCAUAAACUACCUCCAGACCCACAUCCACCUUCUGAGAGUUUUGGUGCUGACACCUCCCUUUUUUCAGAGGGCCAUGGGAGUGAGUAUGAAAUUUCAGGUGUGGAGGCACCACCAGAAUCUGGUUCCUCUUCUGGUGGGGAGUUGGAGGCUGGAGAACUAGUGAUAGAUGACUCCUACCGGGAAAUCAAGAAGAAGAAGAAGUCAAAAAAAAGUAAGAAAAAAAAGGACAAGGAGAAACACAGGGAGAAGAAGCACUCUAAGUCUAAAAAGAGUUCUGGGCAUGCUCCGGUGGCAGAAGGAACAGUAUCACCACAGCAUCUUUCCAGUACCCACUAUGGUAUUCCUCCACCUCCUUCUUCUGGUUUUCACUCAGAUGGUCAAGGUGAGAAGAGGAGGAAAAAGGAAGACAAGGAUAAAGACAAGGCUGAGAAAUGGGAAAAGGAGAAGGAAAGAGAAAAAGAAAAGGAAAAGGAAAGAGAAAAGGAAAAGGAAAGAGAAAAGGAAAAGGAACGAGAAAAGGAGAAGGAACGAGAAAAAGAGAAGGAAAGAGAAAAGGAAAAGGAAAGAGAAAAGGAAAAGGAACGAGAAAAGGAGAAGGAAAGAGAAAAAGAAAAGGAAAGAGAAAGAGAAAAGGAAAGAGAAAGAGAAAGAGAAAAACCAAAGAAGAAAAACAUGUCUGCCUAUCAAGUGUUCUGUAAGGAGUAUCGUACAACUAUUGUGUCUGAGCACCCUGGAAUAGAUUUUGGAGAGCUAAGUAAAAAACUGGCAGAAGUGUGGAAGCAGCUGCCCGAGAAGGAUAAAUUGAUCUGGAAACAGAAAGCUCAGUAUCUCCAACACAAGCAGAAUAAAGCGGAGGCCACCACUGUGAAGAGAAAGGCAUCGUCUUCAGAUGGUGCACCAAAAAUAAAAGCUUCUCCAACAGGAGCAGUUUCCCCUCAUAAGAAAUCCCCCACCAGCACCAUGGUGGUUUCUUCCUCACCAUCCAAACUCCCUGAUACAGACCCUAUUGACGUAGCUGCACAUUUACAGCUGCUGGGUGAAUCUCUGAGCCUCAUUGGACACAGACUGCAGGAAACAGAGGGAAUGGUGGCUGUUUCAGGAAGUUUGUCAGUGCUUCUGGAUUCAAUCAUUUGUGCUUUGGGCCCGUUAGCAUGUCUGACCACACAACUACCUGAGCUGAAUGGCUGCCCAAAGCACGUUUUGUCAAACACACUAGACAACAUCGCCUACAUCAUGCCUGGACUUUGAUGGGAAAGGAUCCUGGGAUGUACUCAACCUCUGCAUAACUGACUUGUGUGCUACACCGGCACUCCCGAAGGGCUCCGUGUGUAGGGUUUUAAACUUUUAUAUCUGUACAGCGUAUACAUAGGAUUGUAAUUAUUUGACUUCUAUUUUAUGACAAGUCAUGCAGUUAAGGUGAGAAAACCCUUUCGUGUUGGUGAGUGAAAUGUCCUCAAAUCUGAAAGUAUUUUGUGUGCAGAAUUCAGAAAGCUUUUGAGAUACUUGCCUUAAAUUCCACCCCCACCCUCCCUGUAGUGGGGGAAGCAGCCAGAGGAUGGACUUCUUGAUAUAGAGGAAAGCCAUCACUAUGAGAGGGAUCACUGAAAUAGGUAUCCCACAGAGGCUGUUGACUCCAUCCAGUACAGGUAUUAAUAACAUCCUUGAUGUUAUUAAAAAAUAUAGAGCAGCCUGCUCUAAUUGGACUUCC